AUGGUCCAGUCUCCAUCUCAACACUAUCACGCUGCAUUGGAAACGACUGCGUGCUAUUAUCCUCCGGACAACACGGAUCCUCAUUACGUGUCGCUAUCUUCGAAUCAAGGUGUUUCUAAACCGACACAGCGUUCAAACGUCAUGGGACGCAUCAUUCCGAUCGUUUGCGGAGUGAUGGUGAUCGUCGUUGUCAUUGUAGCGGUGACUUUGUAUGUUAAUUCCAGCGAUACUUCAAGCGCUGAUAAUAGUAAUGAAAGUUCCAAUUCAGCUUCGUCUUCGACUCUAUCAUCAUCCUGCCCCCGUGUCGAUGCAAAUGACCGAACUGUAGCGUUCUGGCAAAGCGAAGUUGCUGGAUGUGAUACUGUCCCGGACGGGGUCACUCACCUUGUCUUUGGUUUUGCACUUGUUGCUGAAGGAGUUGUCGUACCUACAUUUCAAUCUUCCGAUGAAAACAUUGCACAAUGUGUAGAGAAACUCCAUGAACGAUGCAUUUUAGCUUUGGGCAGUAUUGGUGGGUCGACCAACAACGACAACAUGUCGGCAAUUGCAAACGCUUCGUUGUUUGCAGAAUCCGCAGUGACUUUACUGACCAAGUUCGGGUUCGACGGAGUAGAUCUAGACGAUGAGACUGUUGGCGCACAAUUUAGUGCUAACCGAACUGUUGGAUUGCUGAAAGCUACACGUGAAGCAUUGGAUGCAGCUGGUAGUAAGUCGGCUUUGCUAACCUAUGACGCGUACUUCACUGAAGGAGACACCUCGGUAUGCGCAGCCGAGGAGGCAGCAGCAUACUCAAGGUGCUUUCCGACUGGAGUUCUAGACUAUGUUGAUUGGGUCAACAUCAUGGCGUACAAUAUCAAUCAGGAUAACGACACUGCUGCGGCCGUUUAUGCUACAGCUGUGAACACGACUUUUGUUGCGUGGGGUAUUCAACUCGGUGGAAACUUUUCAUUUGCUACAAUCGGAUUUUGUGUCGAGGGAGGGUGUGCUUUUGGUCCUGGACCAAAUGCUGCAGUGAUUGCUGAAUGGGAAGCAUUUGCUCGCCAAGAUGGAUACGGAGGCAUGAUGAUUUACUCUGCAUCAGCCGAGGUAGCUCACGAUUUUCAAGUUACCAGGAGUAUCAUUAGCACGACGUGA